UUAUAUAAUGGAGCACGUACACGUAUAUGUUACUGAGCAUUUGAGUACAUAGGUGCUUAAUUUUUUUUUCAAGGCAAAGAUCAGCCAAUUUUGAAGCCUUUUGGUCAUACAUGUACGUGUAUGUUUGGAUCAAAGAGCAGCUAAGGAAAAGCCUCAUUUUAGAAUCUUGUUUGUAGAUGGUCACGUUUAUUAAUAUUUGGAAAAAAUAAAGUUAUCAGGAAUGCUUAUCAGGAAUGCCAGUUUUCCUCAGAUAAGAUGAUUUCCUUGUUUUUACGUUCCAUGCGAUCCUUUUAAAAAUUGAAAAAAACCUUGCGAAGUCUUGUACGGCUGGGAAAUUGGUGCCCAAAUGUUUGCCUGAGAUACAAAUGAAGCAAGCUAACAGGAUGGAACUAGCGGUAAAUCCUCCCUGGUCUUCAUCAUGUUCUUCAUCUGCUUGCGUACAGAGGCUUGCGCUUUCUCCAUGUCCAAGUCUCCAAUGUCCGACAUAUUAUCUCAUCGAAGAAAAUUUGUCAAGUGACGAGAGCCUAAUUUGUAACAUUGGCCGAGUCUUUGAACCCCCCCCUCUCCCUCCGUCCCCGUCUCUCUUCCCCUCUUUUCCUCGGAACGAGAGACGGGGAGACCCAGGGGAUCGGCCUGACGCCUCGCACGGCUGAUGUUAUCUGGCCCUUCCAUGCAUCACCGCUGACUGACUUGUAUGAUUGGAGGGGAUUAGGGCUAAUUCCUUUCUCACUGUUGUUUCAGGAAACAUGCCUAAUGGCCAAGGGGGGAACUGAUGGAGGGUAGCAUGUGACCCCCUGACCGAGGAUUGGCUGAUGAUAACUUCUUUUUUUUUUAACAAAUGAGACCCUGGAAUGGUAAUACAGCCAUGAAGAUAGAAAUUAGGUGUAUAAAUACAUUGGGGAGACGGGAGCUUACUCAUUUGGGCUUUGGGAGUAAAGAGAGUUUUGCAUACUUUUCUUAUUUUUGGAUGUACUGGUGCUGAAGGAGUGUAGAACGAAAUACAUGUACAUGUAACUGCUCCUUUGAACCUUGUGAUAGUGUCUUUCAAUGAGAAACGACAACAUGCCAGUUCCAGCCAACAACAUGAAUUCCAAUGAUCCUGCACUGCUUAGAUUAUUGGGUUCCCUGACGGAACUAGGAGACGGGUUCUGCGGGCGGCAAGAUGACCUCAUGUUCCUGCAGAAUGUGCUGGCCAGUCCAGAAUUUCACGCUCUAUUCAACGCACACAAUGCAGUGAAAAUCUAUGGGGAAAACCAGUGCAACCCUGUGACGUUAAACUCCACAGCUGCCAUGACUGCUCUGUGCAAUGACAUGCUGAACUUUGCCAUGAUUCCCGAGGUGCGAGAGCUGUGUUUCUUGCUGAUGAAACCCCACAUGAGGGCGCUGUUUGACUCCCACGACAAGCUGGCCAACGGGGAGUACAUCCCCCAGCUGCCGGAGGUCCCAGGCCCACCAGACACAGAGUACCAAGAGGACAGCUCGGUGAAAGUCGUACGAUUGGUCAAGGGCAACGAACCACUGGGAGCUACAAUAAAAUGGGAUGAUGUGCUUAACUCUGUCGUGAUAGCCCGGGUAAUGCACGGUGGUGCUGCAGACAGAAGUGGAUUGAUUCAUGUAGGUGAUGUGGUCCAUGAGGUGAAUGGGGUGGACGUGAGGGGAAGAGACCCUGACGAAGUAGUCAGCCUCCUGUCCUCAUCCGAUGGAACAAUCACCUUCAAGCUCGUCCCAGCCGAAGUCGAGACAAGAAAUGCGAUGGAGAGCCAGAAAUGUGAAAUAAUUCCAAAGCAGGUGCGCGUCAAGACAUAUUUUGACUACAACCCUUAUAACGAUAAUGCCAUCCCCUGCCCAGAGGCGGGGCUGUCCUUCAAGAAGGGCGACAUCUUGCACAUCGUGAACCAGGACGACCCGAUGUGGUGGCAGGCGAGACGGGAAGGGGUGAAAGGCCCACGAGCUGGCCUCAUCCCCAGCAAACUCCUACAGGAAAGACGGCAGGCUCUCAACAAAUGUCCUACCAUGCCACUGGGCAAUCACUCAACAGAGUUGGCGUUUCAGAGGAGCUCUCUGAGGAUUCCCACUCGAAGCGGCGGUCUCCGUGGCAGCAAACGGAAGAUCAAGAAGAUUAUGUACCAAGCCAAGAAAAGUGACGAAUUUGCCCAGCAUGAAAUCAUGACCUACGAGGAAGUGAUCCCAUAUCUUGCCACAGAACAUCCGCGACCAAUAGUUCUUGUCGGACCACCAGGAGUUGGUCGGAACGAGCUGAAGAGACGAAUGAUGGCAACCAACCCAGACCGCUACCAGCCCGCAAUUCCCCAUACCUCAAGACCCAAGAAGUGGGCGGAGGAAGACGGGAAGGAGUAUUACUUCAUUGAGAGGUCGCUAAUGGAGGAGGCCAUCCGAGGGAACUGCUUCUUGGAGUAUGGGGAGUACAAAGGCAACCUGUACGGGACCAGCAUAGAGACCAUCAAGAGGAUCUCCAAGGCAGGCAAAGUCUGCAUCGUCAACGUGCAUCCGCAGGCCCUGAAGAUGCUGAGAGAGAGCGACCUCAAGCCGUACGUCAUCUACGUCAAGCCGCCUGCCCUGGACGUCUUGAGGCAGACAAGGCAAGUCCAGAAAACCAAGCUGGGCCACGACAAGAACGCCAACCGACUCUUCACAGAGGAGGAAAUGGUAGACAUGAUUCAUGUCGGCAUGCGCAUGGAGUCACUCUACAAAAACUACUUUGACGCCGUCGUUGUCAACGACCACCUAACACAAUCCUACAACGAACUGAUGGACAUCGCCAGGAAACUCGAAGUGGAGCCCCAGUGGAUUCCCAGUGCUUGGAUGAGGUAGAUGGAAGCCUAUACUACCUGCUCCUUCCAAAUGAGGAGUAAGUUAUUGUGGCAAAGAAUCUUAUUUCUUUGGAAUGGACACAAGCCGCUUACUCUAAAGUUCACCAGUUUUGAGUAUUGUAACAACUUUUUUUAAAGUGCAUUCUCUUUGUGUGUAAAAUUUUCAUUGGAGUUACGUUUACCUUCCGAGAACAGAUUUUGGGGUGUUUUGAAGUAACACAAGUAAUCUUUGCCACAGAGGUAGCAAACCCAAACUUCAAGUAGAAGUUGCAUAUUUUAUAACUUAAAAGCUUUUAAGACCACUCGAGUUACAGUAAAAUCAGUUUGUUAGUUUCUUUGAUAAUAUGGAGGAUGACCUCUUGACCUGGGAUGCGAAUAUUUAUGAGUGCAGUAACAGUGGACAAAAAGGGGACUUCCCAGUUGCUCAUGGGCCAAGGAAAGGGUGCAAUCUGUGAAACAUUUGCACACCCCUGGAAAGGGUCAUUGUGUGCUCCAACACCUGUUGGUAAAAACCCCUCCAUGGGAACCUCUGAAAUGUGUUCAAAAAAAUUGCAGUUGCACGAAAUAUUGAAAUUUAAAUACAUAUUAAGGGUUUGUUGUGAUUAUGUUACAUGUACACCACACAGAGUGUGGCAGGUUUGUGCUCUGUCAUUGACGUCCAGGAAUUGUAUCACAAAUCUAUUCUUAGUAAUCAGGUUCCAGCCCAUUUAUUUUCUCACUUUGUACAAAUACAGGUGUAUAUAUUUGUUAAUCAAGAAACGUUUAUAAGGAGAGUAAAUUUUAUGGCUGACGAAUGGUAGGUGAUUCAGUGUAAAAAAAUUCUAUCAAUAUAUUUAUAGGAUGCUCAAACAAAGUUUUUGUGUUGGUUUUGCCCGUUUGGUAUGUUUUCGUUUAUAUCACUUUUUUUAUUUAUCCGUUUAACUGUUGAUAUUCCCAAAUAAUGUCUUUAUUUAACAUGAAUUGUACAAGUUCUUCAUUUUACCGUUUGAUUGUUUGAUGAUAUUUCAACUUAAUCCGUUUGGUUUUAAUUUUUGGUGCUUUUCAUAUUUAUUUCUGUCAGUUUAGUGCUUUUACCUUACUUUAGUUAUUGAUGCUAACACAGAGCCUGACAAAGCACUCCCACUUUGGCUAAAUGUUUUUGAGAAGCCAUCAAGACAGGCUUUGUGUGCGAUUUUAUUGCCAAAUGCUUCUGAAUAUUAUUUUAAUAUGUAAAUGCAGUUUAUUUAAGGCUUGUGCAUGGAAGUUUGUUGUCAUCUUUUGAAAAAAAGGUUCAGUAUUUCCUCUUGGGGGGGGCAUGCUAUUUCAGUAUUUUUAAAGAAAUCUCCCUUCCAGUGGCAAGUCGAGGGUGUUCCUCAACAGUUAACGGACAAAACUUGUGCCUACCACAUGAGAAAAGUGUGCUCAGCUUGGGCUAACUUUUUAGAGCUGCUUAAACUUAGAAGUUUGCUCAGUGCAGAAGAUGAUUGGCUUAGAAGGGGUCGGUUACCAGACAAAAUGUAGCGCAUUGUAUAUUUCUCAUGACUGGUUCCGGCUGAUUUUUGCUUAACAUAUAAAUUUGUUAAGCACUAGUGCCAGUUUAGCAGCUUUACGAAAUCGGGCCCUUACAAACACAUUGUAGCUUAGGUACACGUGAGGCAUUUCUUUGUUCAGCCACUGUUUUCAUUCAUUUGGACACUGCUGGAAAUGGAAACUGGAUUGAUAAUUACACUGAAAUGAACACAUAUGACAUCAAUUUUAUCAAAACUGCAGUAUUAGAUCAUGUGGUUGGAGACAAUUACUCAUUUGACUGAAAAAGGGACACAUCUGUUCCAUAGUUGUUGUGGUAGCUGGAUGUUGAUUUGGUUGCUGGGUUCUUUGUUAAGUAUGCACUUAACUCAGUGAAAAUGUUUAUUUUGUAAAAAAAAUAGCAUGUUAAAUACCAUAACGGCAUUUGAGCAGAGGCACAUCACUCAAUAAACAGUAUGUGUUACAGUUUCGGUUCUCCGGGUGA